AUGCACAUCUUUAAUAUUUUAUGCGCUGUGGCGCUUCCGGCGAUCGUCUCUGCAUUCCCAAAUGCACCUUUUGUGACCUCAGGUCAAUGGGUCCACGACUCUACGGGCGAAAACUUCACUUACGUGGGUGUCAACUGGCCGGGUGCGGGUGAGAGCAUUGCAUCAAUUAUAUCGAGGAUCAAGAGUCUGAACAUGAACGCUGUUCGUUUAACAUUUGCUAUCGAAAUGAUCGACGACAUCAAAGACAACGGCGGAGAUGUGACAAUCCAGAACGCGUUCAAGAAAGCACUGGGUGAUACGAAUGGUACUGCUGUGUACCAGCAAGUGAUCAAGAACAAUCCCAAGUUCGGUCCUUCAACGACUAGACUUCAGGUCUACGACGCUAUCGCUGCUGAACUUGCAAAGCAGCAGAUUUAUGUACAUAUCGACAACCACAUGUCCAAAGGAAAGUGGUGCUGCUCCACCAACGAUGGUAACGCAUGGUUCGGCGAUACAGACUUAGAUGUCACCAAGUGGAAGCGAGUUCUUCAGUACAUGGCUGAACAUAGCAAGCAGUGGCCCAACAUGGUCUCGAUAGGCCUCCGCAACGAAUUCCGCAAGCCAGACAACGCCAGCUCCUCCCUUCCGUAUGACUGGCCUACUUGGUACGAGCAAAACGUGGCUGCCGCCGACGUCGUCAAUGCCGCAAACCCAGACAUUCUCAUCUUCCUUUCUGGCCUCAACUUCGACACAAAACUGCAACCUAUUCCGUGGGCAGACGAUCUCGGAAAUGGCAAGAAGUUCCUUCUCCCCGACUUCAAGUACGCCGAUAAGCUUGUCCUCGAAAUGCACAACUACCAAAACUCCGCCACAAACUGCGAUGACAUCGAGGAUGGCCUCUGGAACAACGGUUUCCGCGCGACCGGCGAGAAGACCAUGAACAGGAUGCCUGUACUUCUGACAGAAUCUGGCUUUACGCAGGCUGACAGCAGCUACAAUGGCGUGUAUGCGGCCUGCCUACGCAAGCUCAUGCCGCAGUGGAAGUCGGGCUGGAUGGUGUGGGCGCUUGGCGGAAGCUACUAUAUCCGCAGUGGAACUCAGGAUUAUGAGGAGACAUGGGGCUUGUUGGACCACGACUGGACUGCAUGGAGGAACUCAGAUGCGAUCACAGCGCUCAAGGGCAUGGUGGACGCUACACUUGCAUCUGUGUAGUAAUGGCAAGUUGGACGCCUACAUGUUCGAAUCGUAAGGAGCUUUACACACGGAAAAAUGGAUAGCCA